CCGGUAACCUCGGUGCCGCUGCUGUGUCUGCGUUCGUGGUGGUCUCUGCAGCUCGUGCUUGCCGUUAUGCCUGAGCCGGCAAAAUCCGCCCCGGCGUCCAAGAAGGGCUCGAAGAAAGCUGUCACCAAAGCCCAGAAGAAGGACGGCAGGAAGCGCAAGCGCAGCCGCAAGGAGAGCUAUUCCAUCUAUGUGUACAAGGUACUGAAGCAAGUGCACCCGGACACCGGCAUCUCGUCCAAGGCCAUGGGCAUCAUGAACUCGUUCGUCAACGACAUCUUCGAGCGCAUCGCGGGCGAAGCGUCGCGCCUGGCGCAUUACAACAAGCGCUCGACCAUCACCUCCCGGGAGAUCCAGACGGCCGUGCGCCUGCUGCUGCCCGGCGAGCUGGCCAAGCACGCCGUGUCCGAGGGCACCAAGGCGGUCACCAAGUACACCAGCUCCAAGUGAGUUCCUGCCGGGAUGCGGCACGCGCAUGAGUCGCCGGGCCGCUUGACUUUCCAAAGGCUCUUUUCAGAGCCACCCACCUUCUCAGUGGAAGAAGCUGUUAUCCAAUUUAUUUUCAUUUUCUGUUAUGGUUCUUCUUUUCUGUGCCACUUACUCCUUUCGUAGUGUAAAUUUGCCAUUUUCCUUAGGAUGAAGGGAAAAACCCAAGAUAGGACCAGAUUUUGUCUAUCGAUCAAGAACUAGCUAGAGUAAUUGUUCAUUCUCAUGCAAGUAACUUGCUUUUUCCAGUAAAACGGUUAGCGAUGGGUGAUGAUCAGUGUAAAUCUACUCAGGAGAAUGGGGUAAAAAGUUAAACAGUGGUUGCUCUGCCGCAAUUAGAUUGUAAAUUCAUUUUUGUUGAGCUCUGAAAACCAAAUGUAACACCGUUUAAAAAAAAAAACGCAAUACUUUGAGACCACGCCCCAGCACGUAUAGAAAAUCUAUACGUCGACUAAAAAAAAUCUGCGUUAAGAAUCAAAUUUUAUUCGGUGACUUGCUGAGGACUAAGCCCGAGACAGCCUUUCAGAUAGCUCUGAGGGACUAUUCCAAGGCGGUAUGGGAGGAACCAGAAUAUAUACCAGUUUUGCAAAAACAAACCAGGUAGUUGAACGUCAAAAGAAUUCUAAUUAAUGAAAAUUAAAAAAAAACGAUCUCAAGUUAAUGAAUUUAGCACUUCUCUAUGGGAAGGUGAAAGAGUGGGCUGAUUGAAAUCAUUCAUUCGAUAUGCACCUUAACUGUCUAGGUCCAGUAUCCUGUUUUUCUCCAUCCCGAAUCCCCUCAGGGUGCACAGUUGGGGUAGCUGCAGCGGCUGAUGGCUUGAUGGCCACAACAUCCUUUGAUUACUGAUAUGGCAGGUGACAUUUUUCAUCCACAUUUCAUCUAGACAAUUUUUAGUCUAGACACACGUCGUGUCUCACUUUGCUAUUCCUUUCGGUUAAUAUUUGAACAGAGGCCUGAAUGAAGAAAGUGAGCCAUAGGAUAUUUUGGAGAAGAGUAUUCUAAGAACAAAAACAGCAAGUGCAAAGGCCCUGAGGCAGGCACAAGUUUGAGGAGUUCAAGGAAUAAGCAAGACCACUGUGGUUAAAGCACAGUGAGCAAAGGAAAGAUCUGCAGGGAGAUGUGAUCAGAAAGGUAGUUGAGAGUCAUUAUGUAUGCCAUUGAAGGGCCUCUAGGCCAUUGAAAAGAUUUUGUCUUUAAUUCUAAGUAGGUUAGAGUGCCUUUGGAGAGUUUGAUAAGAGUACUGACAUUAUUCAACUUACGCUAAAGCUCACCCAGGAUGCUAUGUUGAAAAAUAGACUAUAGAUGAGCAAGAGUAGAGGCAGGGAGAAUAUCAAAAGGGCUACAGUAAUAGCUCAGGAGAGAGAUGGGUGGUAGCCGUGGAGAUGAUGAAAAGUAGUCAAGAUAUAUUUUAAAUGAACUGAUGAAUUGUAAAUAGGUUAUGACAGAAAGAGAGGAAUCAAGGAUUAACUGCAGGUUCUUGGACUGAGCACUUGGAAAGAGCUGCAAUUUACUGAUACGAGAGGCAAGUAGGUUUGGAGGAGGAAAGCCUAGAGUAAUGUCUUGGACAAAAUUUU